UCUGGCCUCAUUGUGGCGUGUUAUCAUGGUUAUGUGGAAGUUGUCAUGGCCCUUGCUCAGUGUCCAUACCUGGAUGUUAACUGGCAGGAUAACGAGGGCAACACAGCUCUGAUUACAGCAGCACAAGCAGGACAUUCCAUUAUUUCCUACUACCUGCUGAACUACUUCCCUGGUUUGGACAUAGAGAGGAGGAACUGUCACGGUUUUACAGCUCUGAUGAAGGCUGCCAUGCAGGGCAGGCACGAGUGUGUGAGACUUCUCAUGCUGGCAGGAGGGGACAUUCAGGCCCAAGACUACGGUCGCCGUAUGACACCCAAGGAGUGGGCUCUUUUCACCGGGCGGCAUUAUACAGCCUACCUGAUGCUUCGGCUGAUGGCCAGGCCCUGUGCUGGGCAGUUCUGUGACUCCUUCUCUCUAGAGUGGCCCAUGUUAGAGGGUCUGGUGUCCGAGGCCCAAAGGCCGAAGACCUGCUGGAGGCRCCUAAGAAACCUGCUGUCCUGCUGCUCUUAUAGGUUUGGCACCAACAACAAGAUAAAACCUGUGGAUGAUGGCGUUCUGGACCACAUGGUGCAGAUAACCACAGGUAUCUCAAGUCCGUUCAUCGCCACAGCCUGCCACACGGUGUGUCCGGGCAGCCCGCCGUGCAUCGGCAAGCGUCGACAAGCGGUGCAGGAGAUUCUGAGGAGGCAGCGGGUGGCGGAGCUGAAGCGUCUGGGUCCCGACAGACUGAACAACUACAAAAGAUUCUUCCAGAACUCGCGGAUCCUCCUCAUCCCCAAAGUGAAGGAUCGCAGGGCGAGCCUGCAGCCCCAGAUAGUCAGGGAUGUUGCCGCCGCGUCCACAGUGGCCCUGAGGCGAGCCAGUCUGGCGCCGCUCAGCAUGCUGAGGCGAAGCAGUGUGCGGCCSGGUCUCGUGGUGCCAAAGGUCCGGCUCUGCAAGGCGCCGCCUCAAAGCUUCAUACCCGAAAACCUGAACAGGAGGAACGAUAACCAGAACCAACUCCAGAUCCCAAAAUGGAACUACAAGAUGAAAACAAUAGAAAGCAGGCAGGAGGAGGAAAGGAGACGACUGUUUUCUCUGAGAAGAGGGAGGUGAAGGAUGGAACAAACCACCGCAGCAGGAUGUGACUUUGUGCAUCCCCCUGAUAGAGCUUGAAAGUGCUUCUUUGUGACAGAGCUGUCACAGAGCAUGAUGCUGCAGCCUUAGAGAACCUGAACUGUUAAUGUGAGCCGAACAGCAGGCUUUUUGUUUGUGCUCCAUGGUUUUGUUGACACUGGUGGACUUGUUGCCWUGUUUCUACUUGAAUUCACACCCUCUCUGUGUGAGGUGCAACUUGUGAAGAGAGUGAGAGAGUCAGAGAAGCACACAACAAAAAUUCAUUGUGCUGUCAUUAAAUAAGGAUGUUGUUUUUUUCUGCUUUUAUUACGUGUGAUACUACAUUAGAGAGCAGACGGCAGUGCUUGGCUUAAUGUGCAGUUCUGACUCAGCCAAACGAAGAUUACUUGCUGGCCACGAAAGCAAGACAGGAGCACGGAGCGCAGAGGAGGAAGUCAAAAAGUCAUUCAGCACUGAUGCGGAGUACAACAGGUUAUCUUUGAGGAUAAAAGGGCUCAUGCAGUAUUUGACAGAUGAGCUGAGGAGCCAACUCACACAAGCUUUGUUAGAGCUUUGCGGAGAAGCUGAAAGGCAAAGCUAAAAUAAACAGCUUAGUUCUUCCCUCUGACAUCCGAACUUCUAACGCCAUCACGACAGGUUCUGCUGUCGGUACCGUACGUUUCCCAGGAACAGUGUGUGCUGCAAUGUGAAGGCUUUCAUUAGCUGUUCCUCUUUGAUGCUAUCCAUAUUUCACAUUUACACUACAGACAGGAAUAAAAAAGGGCUUAACAGUGUAAAAGUAGCAGUGAAAAUUAAAACAUGAAAUGGGUAUUAUACUUUCAGGAUUAAAAUCUGGUUUUAGGUCAUGCUACGAGUUUUUAACAUUAAAUAUAUUCUAUUUAAAACAAGUUUAAAGCAAGUGCGUGUUCAAAAUUGAAAUUGUACACUUUGUCAAAAAGUAAACAUUUCGGUUGUAAAGACAGUGAAGCCAGAAUGUUUAACGUUUCAGAAUAAAAUGCACAAAUAAAGAAUAAACAAUUUCUUGAAACAUUACUCUUUCUGCCCUCUAUCGGAAAGUACUGAGAAUUGCAACACAAUUUUUAUAAAUCAACCCCUUCCCAUACAUGUCACAAUGUUUACUUGUAUAAUGAGAGUAAAAGAUCCGUAAUUUUCAUAAAAAAUGUAUUAUUCACACAGGGAUGACAGCACCUGCAGCAGGAGGAAAGGAAGGUGGAAGAACUUAUUUAUAGCAGCAGCCUGGGUUGUAAAAUGAUUAUUUGAUGUUAUUUGUUUUUUUUAAACAAAUUACAAGCUCUGAUAUGUUAAAUAAAUUUGAAACAGUUUUUUAAUACAUAAAACUUGAAAAAAAUUCAUAUCUAUACAUCCGUCUACCUUCAAAAUGACAGAAAAUCUGUGUAAAUUAUGGCCAAUCCGUAAAACUUGACAUGUCUGCCUUCCUAAAAGAAUUGCUUAAAGGGCUCAGUAUGCUAGGAAAUGACCAAGAGGCAAAGAUCCACAGCAACUUUACAUGAAGAAAAAAA